AUGAUGAGCCGAGCGCAGAGGCCCGAAGCGAGAGAGUUGGGGCUGGGGGGGAAGGGUCGGAAGGAUACGAGGCGAGUGGAGGAAGAGGUCUUGAAGAAAGUUCAGCCAGCACUGAUAAUGGAAAGCCAAAUGUCUCAAAUGUCCCAAAUGAACGACACGUAUCCCAGUAACAUGCCAAGCAGCCCCUUCGGGCCCCCAUCACAAUCCGGCUAUGGUACGGACGACUAUGAUUCUUGGCAGCCACAGUCACGACCAAGCUUUGUUCAACCCCCACUACCGACCUUUCCGCAAUCCCGGAAACCCUCAGGACCAAGCUUCUCGCAAUUCGGGCAACCCUCAGGACCAAGCUUCUCGCAAUUCGGUGGGCAGCCUCAGUCACGACCAAACGUAUCGCAAUUUUCACGUCCGCCAUUCCGUCAGAGCUUUUCAACCCCUCAGCAGCAGCGCUCCUCCGAUACGUGGGAAGACGACCCACCAGAUACCACAGCCGAAACUGAGGAAGACUAUUACGAUCCGCGCAUGCCUCCACAGCGACAACCUGUCAGGCUUGGUGGAACACCUGCACAAUCAUUUGGCACGCCAACACCAAGAACUGCGUUUGGGCCCCAGUCAUACAACAGAUCAACAGGUCUACGCAGCGACCAAGAGCCGCCGUUCAUGCGUCAGCCACCUCCUCCGGGUACAUCGAUCCCGGGCUACGGUGUAUAUACGGCGGACAAUCGAUUCAUACCUAGUGCCAUGUCUGGGCAAUCGCAACGGCCAAUGCCCUUUGGUGGUGGGUCGAGGGAUUUCAGUAGAUAUUGA